UCCCACUAACAUGGUGCCUUGGAAACGCUCAGCAUUUAUUGAUCACCAGGAUGCGCACUCCAAUGUAGCCUAGAUCUAGUCCAAGGAGUUCCGUGGUUGGCUUAUCGUUUUGAGGCAAACAGCUUGUCUGGGUCUGGGUGUGUUUCACAGACUGUCACUGAAUGGAGAAAUCAGUGGUGAUGGAGUACUGUUGAGCCGAGCGUAAGGUGACGUUUGUAUUGAGUUAAAAGCUAGCUAAGAUAAUCGCAUCCUCUUCUUUCCGUGGGCUUUGUCAAGUAGCUUUACUAGCAGCGGUGGCAUUGACCAGGUGGGCUUUUGCGGUUAGUUACGGUCGAGUGUUAGCUUUGUUCAAUAACCGUGACGUUAAUCGCUAACGUUACCCGGUUGUUAACGUUAGCCUGUAACGUUAACGUAAUCUUAGAUAUUAGGUAACGUUAACGUAACACCGACGCUAGCCAGCAAUUCUUUGCAGUCUCUUGUCUUCAUAGCAGAUAAUUAGCUUAACGAUAGCUAACCAACUAUUCUGAAUCUGUAAACGUUUGUCAUACACUAUCGUUAGCAGCUACUACAUUUAAGUCGAAAUGAACGCGUUAACCAUUUGCUACGUGUAAACAAUUUAUUCUCCAGCGAUGCUUGGUUAAUUUGCAUGCUCGUGAAGACAGUCUUAGCUGAUUGUAGGUUGCAAUGGCAUGGCUAUAAAAGUCUUCGGAGGAUAUGGAUAGCUUACUUCUCGGCAGCUCAGUUAAUACUCUCCUUAGGCGGAGACGUGCAAAUCCAUGGCCAGCAUUUUAGCUAUUAUGGAGUUCUGAUGCGAGAAUGGAGUAGGAGCUAGCUCAGUGAGAAAUGUUAGGACUUCUUGUUAGAGAGCCACCUUGUUGGCCUAACAAUAAGGUAACGGUAACGACAACGCCGCCCGACUUAGAAUUCCUGGAUGUGACAGAGCAGUUUGCCAUCAUGACUGAUCAGCUAGCUCAUUCUCAUCAGUGCCUUGGACAUGGCUAUUCUUCACAAACGCUCCUAACCCUUGCCUAAAGUGUCCAUCUUCAUGGACGUCUGCAGCAGGAAUCCCAACCGAACAGCCCCAGUGAAUGAAGGAGAAUCCAGGCGAGCAGACAUACCACUUUGCUCCCGCACAAACGGGUGGAGCUGGCCGCCCCACCCAUUCCAGCUCUUGGCCUGGCUCCUUUACCUGUACUUCGCAGUGACAGGUUUUGGGGUGUUUGUCCCUCUGCUACCCCCUCAUUGGAUUCCAGCGGGCUACAUUUGCACUGGGAUUACAUUUGUCUGUCAUUUGUUUGUCCACCUUACUGCGGUUUCCAUUGACCCUGCUGACUACAAUGUCCGGGCUAAGAGCUACAAGGGUCCAGUGCCGGUCUUUGAUAGGACGAAGCAUGCUCAUGUCAUUGAGAACUGUCACUGCUACCUCUGUGAGGUGGAUGUGGGGCCAAAAUCAAAACACUGCAGUGCCUGUAACAAAUGUGUGGCAAGCUUUGAUCACCACUGCAGGUGGCUGAACAACUGUGUGGGUAGUCGGAAUUACUGGCUAUUUCUGAACAGUGUAAUCUCCGCUCUCGUUGGUAUAAUUCUGGUGGUGAUCAUUGCCAGUUAUGUGUUCAUCGAGUUCUUUUUGGAUCCCUCAAAACUGCGCUCAGACAAACACUUCCAAGUGAAGAAUGAGUCGGUGGUGUGGUUUGUGUUCUUGCCUGUGGCCCCUGUGACCACCGCUGGCCCGGCCAUCCCUGCCCUGGCCGGCAUCACCGUCGCCUUAGGCCUGCUCUCGGCCCUGCUGCUGGGACACCUGCUUUGCUUCCACGUCUACCUCAUGUGGAAUAGACUUAGCACAUAUGACUACAUUGUGCGUCAGCGGCAUCGUCAGGAGGCAAGAGACUCAAACAAAGGCUGCUCUGUUAAUGACCCUGGGCCUCCACAGAUGAGUCUAAUGAAGGAUGUGAGCUACUCUGGAACGCUUGGCUACACGAACCCAGAGAUGGAUGUGGAGGACCCCACCACCAUGUCAUCUCGAGAGGGAGCCGCAGAGUACUAUGGCAACGGACGGGUGAGAAGUUCACCCAGUCGGAUGGUGGAUAUCGAGUCCCUCCCCGCUGACGCUGUAGAGCACAAACAGCCCCCACGCCCCCUUAAACAGAAGAAGAAGAAGAAGGUGCGUAAAAUCCCAGCCGAGGUGAUCAAUGACCGGGCCUCCGAGAACGGCAGUAGCUCUGCCAGAGCCCUGCCACACAGCUCAGCAGAUAUGGAGCCCUCUGUAGCUGCAGCCACAGUGGUAGCCUCCAUGAACCAGCGCCUCCCCUUCCCAGCGUUCCCCCUGCGUGCGUCGCUGCCCCCGCUGAUCCCUGUGCAGGCGGCAGGCCCCCCCGCUGAGUAUCACUCUGACUCCGCAGAGUCCCUGGAGGAAAUCCCCGUGGCUCUGGCGCGACUCGGUAGCGCCGCCCUGGCUUCCACCUCAGGCACUGCAGCCACUGCUGCCACCCCUGCGUCCUCCCAGCAUGCCUUGCUGUUUCCCUCUACCUCCACCUCCACCAGUCAGAACACGCCCUCCCCCCAGCCCCGGACCAAGCGGAAGGCGGCGCCGUCGUCCCGCAGGCUGGCAGAGCAGCGGUUCGAGAUGGCCCUGCCGCAGGCGCCCAUGGUGUUCGUGAGCCGGGGAAGCGGAGAGCCCAUCGCCCGGUCGAGACACGUCCCUAAGGUGGAGGAGACGGGGAGCAGCAGUAGCGGCGUGGGGGGCAGACGGAAGCAGACCAGCAAGAGGAGCCUGGAUGAGCCCCGACCCCUGAACUCCCUGAACUCCAGUGCAGGGACGUCUGUGGCCUAGCAGUGGACUCGCCUCCCGGAGCGAGUGAGUUCUGGGCUAGGAGGAGUGGGGCAGAGGGAAUAUGGGACCGGACAACCCAGGUCCUGCUCUGGGAGCUUCUGGCAAACACAAGGGCAGCUACUCUUUGAAAAGAUGUAGACAGGACACAAUCAACAGUCCCCCCCCCCUCAGCCGUAGCACUUAAUCUAAAUGCCCAGACAGCACCUAUGCAAGCACUACAGAGCAGAAGGAUGCAGUAUCACUGAGUGUGAGUUGGGUGUUUUCAGCUGACCGUCUCCCUCAGUACCACAUUUCAUUCAGAUUAACCACUACAAUCACUACGUUAUGACACUAGGUACUAAUAGAUAGUCAUUCUAUACAUUUCACUAUUACUAUUCUGUAGCACUGCACAAGUACGGUUUUCCCCAGUGAUUAUAUGACACUGUUUUUUGAAAAUAUAUUUAUUCAUAUUUAAUGUUGAAUGCCAAAGGUUAUACUGCACAAUCUAAUUUUUGUCUGUUUGUUUUUUUAUGAUCAUUUUUUUCUGUACUGUACCACACUACCUUAAAUCAUAUUUUUUACAUCCAUCUGCAUUGCAAGCUUUUAUGUGUGUCAUUAGUGAAACCCAUGAAGCUGAAAUCGCCUGGCUAUUUGUCAGCUUAUUGGACAUUAAAGAGUUAAGUAGGUUAGCUUUUGAGCGCCCUGAGCGCUCACCGGAGUGUUGAUUUUUAUCUUUCAUCUUUGGGGUGGAAGACUACAAACUCUUGACCUAAAUCCAUCCAUUUCUAUCUUGGCGCCUCCUCUUUUGAAACCUGUCACAAUUUUUUUUUUUUACUCAUCACAGAACCCAACAAUAAAACCAUAACUUGGUGUA